AACUUCGGCGGGGCCAUUUUGGGGGCAGUAAGACCGAACGCCGCCGAGCUCCCAAGACGUUCGCCCGGCAUCAUGAGCGAGGCACCGGAGACCAGCGCCGCCAGCCCCGCCGCGCCGCCCGUCCCGGCUGCGGCUGCCGCGCCGCCCGCGCCUGCCGCCCCGGACGCCGCUCCCAAGAGCACUGCCAGCGCCGCCGCGCCGGGUGCGGCUGUUGCUGAAGCGGCCCCCGGCGCCGCCGCCCCAGCCACAACCGCGGCGGCCGAGUCGGCGAAGAAAGUACUGGCCACCAAAGUUCUUGGCACAGUCAAGUGGUUCAAUGUCAGAAAUGGAUAUGGCUUUAUCAACAGAAAUGAUACCAAAGAAGAUGUGUUUGUUCAUCAGACGGCGAUAAAGAAAAACAAUCCACGGAAGUACCUGCGCAGCGUUGGCGAUGGAGAGACUGUAGAGUUUGAUGUGGUUGAGGGAGAGAAGGGUGCAGAAGCAGCCAAUGUCACUGGUCCAGAUGGAGUCCCCGUGGAAGGCAGCCGCUAUGCUGCGGACCGGCGCCGCUAUCGACGGGGCUACUUUGGCCGACGCCGGGGCCCACCUCAGAGUCAGGGUGGUGAGGGAGCAGUCAAGGAUGGGGUCACAGAAGGAGGACAACUUCAAGUGCACAGGAAUCCUACCUACCGUCCCCGCUAUCGCAGAGGGCCCCCUCGCCCACACCCGGCCCCAGCAACUGGAGAGGCUGAAAACAAGGAGAACCAUCACGAGGCCAAUGCCAUGAGCCAGCAGCCGCUGCGCCGUGGCUACCGGCGCCCCUACAACUACCGGCGCCGGCCAUGCCGAGCCAGCGCUCCGACACAGGAGGGCAAAGAGACAAAGGCAACUGAAACACCUGCUGAAAAUCCUGCUCCAGUGACAGAGCAGAGUGGUGCUGAGUAAUGUCCGGCUCCCCAGGCACCUUUACCAUCACUCAGGUGUCCUAAAGUACAGCUCAAAAUUCACACCAAAGAAACACACAAGCAAUAAAUUGUCAACAGCGAUGAUGAAAGCAAAGAUUUGAAAUACCAAAAUGUAAAAGAAAAUUUACCAGCAGCUGAGAUCCAGGGAACGCCUACAAGAUAGAUGCAUGAAGAGAGAGCAAGAUUCAGAAAGAACAACCUCCCUAGUUUCAACAGCAACUGUGGAGCUUUUUGUUUUUUGGGUUUUUUUUUUCCCCUAGAAUUUCACUGUUUUGCUAGUAUUGAUUUUUUUCAGUUUUUCUGAAAAGGAAAAAAAAAACAACCAAAGAACUAAAAUUGAAAUAAAAUGCUUUUUUUAUUGGA